GCAAACGAACGACUAUUCCUUUGGCGAGGGCCCAAUGUCCCACCACCAGCAAUGAUUGCACACCCCAUCAUAGAGCAUUUGGCCAGCGUAGCAUCCAGAGCUUCCCUUUGCGAUACAAUGAGCUAUGGCUCUGGCCUCUGCAAAUUUCACCUUUUUUGUGACAUUUUCUCUAUACCAGAGUCCGACCGCCUCCCAGCCUCCUUUGAAUUACUCCAUUUUGCUUGCACUGUGAUCCCUUUUGAACCUGUUUCAAUAGGCAUAGCUAGAAAAUACCUUGCCGCUGUUUGUGCAUGGCACAUCACUCAAGGCUGGCACCCACCACUUUCUGAAGAUGACCAUGCUCGAAUAAAUUGGUCUCUACACGGUUCAGACAACCUGCUUGGUGCUCGAUGCAAGCCGCUCUGUCCUCCAGUCACUAUCAAUAUGUUACAUGCACUCAAAGCCACCUUAAACUUAUCCGACUCAUUCGAUGCCUGUGUCUGGGCAAUGGAAAGCUGUGCCUUUUUUGGUAUGAUGUGUUUCGGCGAAGUGUCGGUUGAAUCACGUACAGCCUUCAAUCCAGUAAAACACAUCACUUGCAAGGAUGUUUUCCUGGGAAUGGGCCUUGUAGGGAAGGCAUAUGCUCGAUUAGAUCUGCCAUCAGCUAAAAUGGCUCGCCCAGGAGAAAUUCAAUCAAUCUUCCUUGUUUCCCAGGGCGCACUCUGUCCUAUUACAGUGCUACACAACUUAGCAUCAGUAGUACCGGCGCUCCAAGAGGACCCUUUGUUCUCAUGGCGAGACAAACUGGGUGACAUCCGCCCUAUGGUAACACAGCAUGCACUUGAGCGCAUAAACUGCAUAAUCGCAGCUUGGGGGUGGGGAACCACGUUCAGGCACUCGUUUCACAUAGGAGGGGCCUCAUUCUACCUUGCACAGAAGGUAGAUCCUGAAAUAAUGCGUCUAGCAGGGCGCUGGCAUUUGCUUGCCUAUGAAAUGUACAUCCGCACCUUCGAACAAAUUGCUUCUCAACACCUCAGCAUCAUCCCAUCGUAG